AUGAAAGAUGAUCUCUUGAGAGUUGGUGGUCGCCUCACUCAUGCGCCAAUAAGAUACGAUGCUCAGCAUCCUCUCGUUCUGCCCAGCUCUAGCCCACUAGUUGAUCUCAUCGUAGACCACUAUCACAGAAUAAACUGUCAUCCCGGGGCUGACACAUUACACGCUAUCCUCCGUCAGCAGUUCUGGAUACUCUCAGCACGUCGUGUCAUCAGGCAUCGCGUGUACAAAUGCAUUAGAUGUUUCCGAUAUCGCGCUCAGGCCAGAGCUCCGUUGAUGGCUGAUUUGCCCGCAGACAGAGUCACACCCCAGCCAGUAUUUAGUCAGGUCUCUACAGAUUUUGCUGGCCCGUUUCUCAUUAAAUCUAGUACUUUACGUAACGCCAAACUCAUGAAGGCAUACUUUUGUGUCUUUGUUUGCUUAUCUACUAAGGCGGUUCACUUGGAACUCGUUUCGUCACUCAGCACUGAAGCGUUUCUUGCUGCAAUGCAACGGUUUGUAUCGCGUCGCGGUACUCCUACUCUUGUCCGUUCUGACUGUGGCACAAAUUAUGUAGGAGCUAAGAAUCAUCUCAUUGAGGUACAAGAUUUUCUCGCGCAAAAUAAUGACACAAUCACGCAUAGGCUCGCUAAUCAGCACAUAACUUGGCUGCUCCAACCGCCCACGGGACCCUGGUUCGGGGGCCUUCAUGAAAUUGCGGUCAAGAGCACUAAGAAGUUACUUUAUCAUGUUAUAGGUGAACAGCACCUCACGUUUGAAGAAUUUUCCACACUUUUAACUCGAGUCGAGGCAGUACUUAAUUCUAGACCUCUCUGCCCACUUUCGUCAGAUCCCUCCGAUUUGGAGCCACUAACAGCUGGCCACUUUCUUAUUGGCCGUCCACUCACCGCUCUUCCUGAGCCAUCUUUUGAUGAUAGGCCAUUAUCAGCUCUUAAGCGUUUUCAGCUCAUCCAAGCUCUCUCUCAGCGUUUUUGGACUCUGUGGACCAAAUCCUAUCUCCAUACCCUCCAAACCCGCUCCAAAUGGCUUUCCACAUCCUCACCUCCUCAAGUUGGAGAGCUCGUCCUCAUCAAAGAGGACAAUCAGCCCCCGCUGCAAUGGAAACUUGGAAGGAUUAUCCGCACGUUACCCGGCAAGGAUGGAGUGAUCAGAGUCGUGGAUUUGGACACGAAGAAUGGAAGUCUGCGGAGACCUGUGUUCAAGUUAGCCAGGUUGCCGCUGGAUUCAGCACAUGAAGAAGUUCAGCCCCGGCCGCCCCAGGAUGUUCGCGCGACAGCGCGACGUUCAUAA